UAUAAAAUGCAAGAAAAGCAACAAAAAACUUCUGUUGUUAAUGAAAACAGUGAUUGUUGCGACAAUCCUAGUUAUGAAAACUGCCCUGGAUGUUCGGCCGAUUUUGAUAAUCCUGAACUAAAGACACCAUCAUUGAAAAAUGCGAAAAAGAAAAGAAAAAUUAGCAUGAAUUUCAAUCCAAAAGAUAGUUGUGAAAAACUAUGUGGAGAACGUUGGACAAAUCGCCAAGAAACGGACGACCCAUGUUACCCUGAAAUAAAAAUAGAAAAUUUUCAAACUCCAAAAAAGAAUAAUAAACAUUGCGUUGAAGAAGGAGAGAUUUGUUCGGAAAACAAAGAAGACGUCACUUGUGAUGCUGAAAUAAAAGUAUGUGUAGAUAAUUAUACUUGUAGAAAGUGUCCAGCAUGUCGUUCAAAAAAUGUAAAAUGUAAAAGAAAGCAUAAAAUAAAAGUUAAAAAGGAAGAAGAAAGUUUUCACGAAACAUCUUUCGUCGAAUGCGGUAUUUGUGAAAAUGAUGCAGAUGCUUAUAGGCCUUGCAAGCCUACCGAAGUUUUCUGUAAUCAAAAAGAUUGUAGCGUUGCGAAGGUUUAUGAAAGUACCGGCAGAAAUAUAAAGACAGAUAUAAUUGAUGACACUGAAUAUCCUUCUAGAUGUUGUUACAAAACUGUAAUAAUUGAUUCUAGAGAAAUUCCUAUUGAUGAGGAAGCAUGUCCAGUGGGUAGAUGUGGUCCAAAAAAAGAACUAGAAAAAGUUUAUCCACCAAGAAAAUUAUGUCAAACUGGUAAUUAUUGCGCUUCUGAUGUCAAGAAAGAACCUUGUCCAGAAGAAAAACCAAAGUAUACCUGUUCAAGAACUAAAUGUGUCGAUGAAUGUUCGCAUGUAGCCAAGAAAAUCAAUAAAAAAGCCAGAAACUUGAAGGAAUUGUUUGAUCCUGACAACAGGAAACGAAAAUAUUUGUAUUCAGAUAGACCUUUAUUAGAUUGUAAACCAGACCAGGUUUUCGAAAAAUACGAUGGCGAUAAAAAACAUUUUUUAUAUAAGUAUCCAAUAAAGGGUGUCUGUCCUCAUUGUAAAGGAUUAAACAUGAGCGGUAAACUAUGUUAUGUACCGGAAAAAGUAAAAGAAGAAAAGAUAACAUUGAAAGAAAAGUUUAGAGAAAUGUAUAAAAUUAUAUCAUUUCAAAAAUAG